AUGGGACCUUCCGCUUCUUCAAACACCUUGUGUCUCGAGCACCACUGGGCCUUCGGGAUGCUUCUCAAACUCAGCCAGCAGCCUUCCUGCGUUUACGACAAGCAAACUGAGAUGGCCAUCAGAAACGGCUGGGAAGACCCUCCGGCUGGGUGGAAGGGGACCGUAUCACCCAACACAACAGGUAGCAGAACCUUCACACAGGACAACACAGCCCAACCCACAGUCGAGCACGUCGAGCACGUCACACCGCCCAAGAAAGUCUUUUACGACCCGGAUGACGUCUUUGGCUCAUCACACGCCUUUGACACUGCGGCCCAGAAGCGCGGCUCUGCCCUAUUCGACUUGGAGGCCGGCGAAGACAGCGCGAGGGUCUUCCUCAAGACCCCCGCCGAUUUCAACAAGUACGCCGCCAAUAUGAAAGAUAAGCGGCCCCUGCUCCAGUUCACGAGGAGAAUGCGGAGGUUUGACCCCGACGUCGACCUCGAUCUUCGUUUGCAGAAGAGGCGAGAAUCCAUCGUUCGGAUGAAGAGGUUCUCACACAAAUCCCAACACUUUGAGCCUGAGGAGAAGAAGGACGAUAGCGAGGACGACAGCCACUCCGACCAAGAUCAUCACUCGGGCUAUUUGAAAGAAGGUCAUUCGGAGAAGCAACACCUCGAUGAGUUUGACGCCAGCGACGAUGAGACGGACUCCGAUCAGGACUACCACACUGGCUACUUGAAAGAAGGCCGUUCAAACAAGCAAAAGCGCGAUCAGGCGGACACCAGGGAGAUUCGCGUUCUUGAUGGCGAGACGUUCACUUGGUGGUGGUAG